CUUCGAAGCCGGCGGGUUGGGCCACACUCCAAUGAAUCUGCGGACCGACCGAGCGACCGAGGGAGCGACAAAAGCCCGGCGGAGGCACACCGACGGCCCGAAAACCCCACAAACGGAGCGGGAAAGCGGCUCAAAGUGUGACCUGAGAAGUUUUAGUUAUCGGUGCGGCCGCUCUUCCUCGUCGGCUUCACCUCGUUUCUCCGUAGACACAGUGUGGGAUAGUGAUUGGAGUUGACAAGCCCGCUCCACUACUGUAUCUACCCCCCUCCUCCUCCGCCUCCUCUCCCGCUCCGCACAACCAGGAAAUCGUCGAGGUGUGCUUCUUUAUCCCCGCUUGUGACUACCCCGUUUGGGGGUGUAGAUGUGUUUGUUUUCCGUCGUUUUUUCUCUUUCAUUUAAAAAAAAAAAUUACCCCACUAGUUUUGACUUUUAGAGCCGGGCUUCACCUCUGAAGUCAGCCGAAGUUGCCUACGAAGAGAGGGUCUCCACUCUGGCCGAACAAUGAGUGAGUCGAGUAUUUGCCAGGCUCGGGCCACUGUGAUGAUCUAUGAUGAUGGCAAUAAGAAGUGGCUCCCUGCAGGCACUGGACCCCAAGCCUUCAGCAGAGUCCAGAUCUAUCACAACCCCACCAACAAUGCCUUCAGGAUAGUGGGACGCAAGAUGCAGUCGGACCAGCAGGUGGUAAUAAACUGUCCAAUCGUGAAAGGUCUCAAGUAUAACCAGGCCACUCCCAAUUUUCACCAGUGGCGGGAUGCCCGGCAGGUGUGGGGGCUCAACUUCGGCAGCAAGGAGGAUGCUACUCUAUUUGCCAAUGGCAUGGCUCAUGCUCUGGAGGUCCUCAGCUCCAUGGCAGAUGCAGGUUAUGCAACCCUCCCCCGCCCCGUGUCAAAUGGACCUUCUCCAGAAGAGCUUGAACAGCAGCGGAGAUUGGAGCAGCAGAGGCUGGAACAGCAGGAGCGAGAGCGACAGGAGAGGGAACGACAGGAGCGAGAGCGUCAGGAAAGAGAGAGACUGGAGAGAGAAAGACAAGCUGCUGCAGUCCAUGCUCCUCCUGCCCCGAUGGCCCCUGGAGGUCCUCCUCCUCCACCGGCUCCUCCUCCACCCCCUGGCCCUCCCCCUGCUGCUGGCAUCCCUCCCCCUCCAGGACCACCUCCCUCAGGACCUCCACCAGCCCCGCCCUUGCCCGCUGCAGGAGGUGGUGGUGGCUCGGGUGAUGGUGGUGGUGGUGGUGGUGGUGGUGGUGGAUUAGGAGGAGGUGGGGGCUUGGCAGCAGCCCUGGCAGGAGCUAAACUCCGUAAAGUAUCCAAGCAGGAGGAUGGAGCUUCUGCACCUUCAGCAGCCAAAUCUGACUCCAGCCGUAGCAGCAACUCCUCCAUUGGAGGAGGAGGCGGAGGAGGAGGAGGAGGAGGUUUGAUGGGUGAGAUGAGUGCCAUCUUAGCAAGAAGGAGAAAAGCUGCAAACACUGGAGAGAAACCGCCUGUGAAGACACAAGACAAUGAUGAUUCAGAGCCUCAAGGUCAAAGCGACCCUGUGAGAAGACCUUGGGAGAAGUCGUCCAUGAGCAGAGCAAAAGCUGCAAGCAACAAUAAUGAUGCCGGUGGACCGGAUGACUCAGAUUUAGAGAAAAUGAAACAGGAGAUCUUGGAAGAAGUGCGGAAAGAAUUGCAAAAAGUCAAGGAGGAAAUUAUUGGAGCCUUUGUUCAGGAGCUUCAAAAGAGAAGCACAUAGUUCUGCUGAGUAUCAGGUGUAAAGGGAGGGAUGUGAUAGAUGGAGGUGGUUGACGCCCAUCGAGGCCUCUCCUCCACUGCGCCCUCUCAUGUAGCCCAGGGAUUUCUUUUUCUCCUACACAUUUUCUCUUUUCUCUAUCUCUCUUACGCAAACACACGUGAACAUGCUUGCUUCAUUCUACAACAUGCAUAUUCACUUCAUGUAAAUGGUAACCCAGGGAACCUCCUCACGUCGCCAUCCCACACUGUUGAUGAUCACUCAGACAUUGCAGCAGUGAUCCCAUCUGUACCAUCUCUCCCCUGUUCAGUCAUCCCGUCCUCUCGUGUCCUCCAUGUUUUCUGUUCAUCGGCACCAAUUCAGAGCGCACAGCUACAAAUGCUCUCGCAGUUUGUCAUCAUAACCCUUUUUGCCGCAGAAAUCCUGCUACUUGUGUCCUCUCCCUUCUGCUAUCAGACGCACCAUUUACUGAUAGUGCAGUCUUCAGUAUUCAGGGAUAGUGUAUGAGUCAUAUUUUAGCUGUAAUGGCAAGAUGCUGGCAUGCUGGGAUCAUUUUUCUCUCCUCCUCUGUUGGCACAAAUUGUUCAGACAUCUGCUAGUAGGUUCUCCUCUCUUAUGGUAGUUGGAGGUGGAAAAACCAACGAUAAUUGAGGAUGGAUCAGAGAACCCAACUCCCUCGCUACUGCAGCGUAUCUCUGUCAAGUGGACUUUGAGCUCCCAGCAAUGACUAAGAACUCGAACAGCACAAUUCAAGCCUUCACUGCUGCACGAAGAGAUGUUAGAGGAAGAGGAGACAAGCAAAGGGAAUCUGAUGGACAACCUGAGUGCUGUGAAAGAGGAGUGUGUUGUAGUUUUAUGAUGUGUGAGAAAUUUAUUCUCUUUGCAUUGCACUUGUUCCAGAGGAAGUGUGUCUGCGUGCCACACUGCCUUGAUAGACUAUUCCCUCUCACUCAAAAUGAGAUAUUUGUUGGCCAGUGCAGUGGUCCUACUGUACACUGUGCUUCCGGUUGUUUUCUUCCAUUCUAGCUAUGUUUUCUAAUUUUGAAACAUAAAAAAAUGGCCAUGAUGAGGUCAAUUAAUUUGGCCAUGACCAACUGCCUUGAGAAUAAAUAUAUAAAUAUAAAUAUAAAUAUAUAUAUAUAUAUAAGGAAAUACAUAUAUUUGUUUUGAGGGAAAAAUGAAAUGGUGUUUCUAUUUUAAUUGAAAUGACUGGUGAAUGGGGAUUUAAUUUUUCUUUUUUUCAUUGAUUGUUUUCUUAUGAAAUGUUAUUUUGGGUUUACUGUUUCUUUUUCUAAUAGAGUCUAGGCUUUUUACACUGAAAUAUAAAGAAAACAGCUUAGAGACACUGGAUUAGAAAUGCCUUUAUAGUCGAAUACAGCUGCUUCUUAAAAUGCA